UUUUCCAGCCAAUAUGUCAGCCACCAGUCACCGACAUCGUUAUAAAAAUGCUGGCAUGGAUUCAUCGGAAAUGCGUAGAAGACGCGAAGAAGAAGGCAUACAGCUACGCAAACAAAAACGGGAACAACAGCUAACCAAACGGCGAAAUGUGGUCCUGGAUAAUCCUCCCAGUAGUAGUAUGGAUAAUGAUCAGACAACACAACAACAACAAGACUAUGUCAUACCAAUGCCCCAACAACAACAGCAGCAGCAGCAAGGACAUACAACGGCGGGGACCACCACCAUCAUUAAAAAAGAAAUGAUCGAUGCUUUAUAUAGUGAUAUUGAAAGUGUUCAAUUGGAGGCAACACAAAAAUUCCGUAAACUCUUAUCAAGAGAUCCAAAUCCUCCCAUAGAAGAAGUUAUACAAAAGGGUAUUGUACCGAGAUUUGUACAAUUUCUAAAGAACAAUAACAAUGCUUCAUUGCAGUUCGAAGCAGCUUGGACACUAACAAACAUUGCUUCCGGAACAUCACAACAAACAAAAAUUGUCAUUGAAGCGGGUGGUGUACCCAUCUUCAUUGAAUUGCUAUCAAGUCCCCACGAUGAUGUACAGGAACAGGCUGUAUGGGCUUUGGGUAAUAUUGCCGGUGAUUCUCCGGCAUGUCGGGAUCAUUUAUUGAAUUCGGGUAUUAUGCAGCCGCUAUUGCAUGUCCUCAGCACCACCGAACGUUUAACCAUGAUACGUAAUGCCGUCUGGACUCUAUCGAAUUUGUGUCGUGGCAAAAAUCCUCCAGCUGAUUUUUCAAAAAUCGUACACGGUCUACCCAUAUUGGCACGUUUGCUCAAUCAUACCGAUACGGAUGUGUUAAGUGAUACAUGUUGGGCCAUUAGCUAUCUGUCGGAUGGACCAAAUGAUAAAAUUCAAGCUGUUAUAGAUGCUGGAGUGUGUCGGCGUUUGGUUGAACUGCUAAUGCACCCCCAAAAUAAUGUUGUCACAGCCGCCCUGCGUGCCGUUGGCAACAUCGUCACCGGUGAUGAUGUCCAAACCCAAGUCAUUUUAAAUUGUAAUGCAUUGCCCUGCAUUGGCCAAUUGUUAACCUCACCCAUGGACACAAUAAAGAAAGAAGCUUGCUGGACGAUCUCAAAUAUUGCCGCUGGUAAUCGUCAACAGAUACAGGCUGUAAUCGAUGCAAAUAUAUUCCCCUAUCUAAUUAAUAUAAUGCUGCAAUCGUCCGAUUUCAAAACACGAAAAGAAGCUGCCUGGGCUAUAACAAAUGCCACCAGUAGUGGUACUGCCGAACAGAUACGAUAUUUGGUCCAUCUCGGCUGCAUUAUACCAAUGUGUGAUUUCCUAACUGUGGUCGAUUCCGAUAUUGUUCAGGUGGCAUUAAAUGCUUUGGAAAAUAUACUUAAAGCCGGUGAGAAAUUCCCCGAGAGACCAAAUCCCUAUGCCAUGGCCAUUGAGGAAUGUGGAGGCUUAGACAAAAUAGAAUAUUUACAAUCGCACGAGAAUCGUGACAUCUAUCACAAAUCCUUUAAUAUUAUCGAACAAUAUUUCUGCAAUGAAGAAGUCGUGGAACAUGUCUUACCCUCGGUCGAUGGUAAUCAGUAUGCGUUUAAUACAGAUUUGGGUGCACCCCAAGGGGGUUUCAAUUUUUAG